AGGGUCCUUGAUCACGCCGAUAACUAAUUUAUUUUAGUAACCAAACACUCUUUCUAUACUCUCUGCCUUGCUAUAUAAAUUGACCCGACCAAUCCCUAGGCUGCUUCCACUUACUUUUACGCACAUUGAUUUUCUGGGCACUCCAGAUAUUGGCGUCUCUCUCUCUCCCUCGCUCUUGAUCACAGCCUCCCCUCUCCCCGGGAAAUAUACUGCACACCCAAUGUCUUUUGAUCUCUACGAGACACAAGCGUCAUUACUUUGGUGUGCUUUUGGGUUUAUGACCCAGGGGAGGCCGUGGUGUUCGUGGAAGUUCAUAUUUAGGCACUGGACCUGACCCUUCACUUCUCUGUUUUUCUUUUGACACAAGAGUGUCAUCCUUGCUGCUUUCAAUAUUUAGAUUCAUUGUUUGUGCAAAAGACAAAAAGUAUUAGUGUAUUAGAUUUGGCCACCAGCCUGGUAACAACACUGCUUCGUACAACAUUUUUCUAGCUGCUUGUGAAGGAUCACACGGUGUAUUGUGAUUUGGUUUUUCUUUCGUUGACGCUCUGUUGGAUUUUCUCAAUGGGGAGAAAUAGUUCAUUGCCUCCUGGCUUUAGGUUCCAUCCAACUGAUGUGGAACUGGUAAAAUACUAUCUGAAAAGAAAAGUGCUGGGGAAGAAAUUUCAUUUUCAAGCAAUUGCAGAGAUUGAGAUUAACAAAUAUGCCCCGUGGGAUCUUCCCAAUAAAUCUUGUUUGAGAACUAGGGAUCUGAAAUGGUACUUCUUUUGCCCUACAGAAAAGAAGUAUGCAAGUGGGGUAAGAAAGAAGCGUGCCACUGAUAUUGGUUAUUGGAAAACCACUGGCAAAGACAGAUCUGUUCAGUACAAAAAUGAAGUUGUCGGGAUGAUAAAAACUUUGGUUUUUCAUAUUGGCAAGGCACCUAAAGGGGACCGAACAGACUGGGUUAUGUAUGAAUAUAGACUUGAAGAAAAAGAGUUGGCUGACAAAGGAAUUGCUCAAGAUGAGUACGUCCUCUGUCAGAUAUUCAAGAAGGAUGGACCUGGUCCAAAAAAUGGUGCACAGUAUGGAGCACCAUUUAAUGAGGAUGAAUGGGAUGAUGGUGAUGAUGAGGUGGAGAAGGAAGUGAAUGCCCAACCAGCUAUUUUACCUGCUCUGAUGGACGCACCUGCAUUUAUGCUGCCAAACAAUCCAAACAUGACCAUCGCUACAAGCUCAUGCGUGCCAGAGAGCACGUGCACUGGACUGCUUAUAUCAUGCCCUUCCCAAGCCCCAUCAACAGCUUGCACUACCCUUCCUAGGGUUUCUAAUGAUGAUGUUGCUUCUACAAAAGCUCUUCAGGUUGUGCAUGGGGGUGUGAAUGGUGGUGAAGCUGAUUCUUUUGCUGGCAUGUCAGCGCCAGCUUUUCAACAACCAUGUAACCCCAACAGUUCCAUCCUUGCUAGCUCUAGCUCAUAUGUACCGGAAAAUAUGUGCGAUGCUUACAUUCCUAGCAUGGGUGGUGCUACUCAAGUGGAAGCUCCUCAAAUUGUGGAUGACAAUGAUGAUAUCCUUUCAAUGCUGGCUGUCUUCGACAAUGACAAUCCUGAGGAUUUUUUUUUCCCAAAAUUUUCUUUUGACUUCCUUCUCAGGUUGGGCAUGGCGCGCGGACUUUGGUGGGAUUGCAGAGCCAGAGACUGAUAUAUUUCAGAACUUGGGAGACCUUCCCACCCUGGAAAGUGGUGGGGAUAGUAUCCCCAUCUCACAAUAUUUCAUGGAUCCAAUGCUUCCAGGCAGCAAUGCGGACUUUUUGGAGCUGAUGGAUCUAGAGACCCCGCUCUAUCGUAGUUGGGGGAAAUAAAUGUAAUUCCUACACUUUUUUAUUAUUAAAAAAUAAUCGUAAAUUGUUUACGGGCUUUUAUAGAGAUUUAAUCCAGUGAUUCAUACUUUUAUAGUGUGAAUUGGUUUUAAAUCAAUCUGUACUUGAAAUUUGUUUCGAACUUGGUCAGUUCUGAUAUGAUGAAAUCCAAGAACUACUUUUCAUUAGAA